AUGAAACAUGCCACAAUGCACCACUUAAAUAGAAAACCAACACCCCAGAAAAUGGAAAGAUGUUGUGAUAAGGCUCCACGCACAUAUGCUAGAAGGAAGAAGGCCCAAAGCCCAAUAAGUCAAUAA